GCACAUGGUAGUAUCCGCUUCUGCGCUUACUUGAGGAGAGUUCCGUUUCCUCUACAAUAUUCAUGUUGGCGUGAGUGGCAUGUGUAGGCAACAUCAUUAAAAUAAGAACGAUGAAAGACCAUCAGUGUUGAGCACUGUAGCUAUGGCUGUUAAAAGGUCAAGACUGCAUCUGAAGGAGCUGGAAAGCUACCUAGAAGAUGUUGAUGUAUUUGACACACCAAAGAUACUUCUGGAACAAUAUACAACAACUCCACACAUUGCAGCUUGUAUCCUUCACAUGAUCCACACCAACUUUGAUGAUAUCCACAAUCAAACUGUUGCCGAUCUCGGCUGUGGAUGUGGAGUGUUGGGAAUAGGGGCCAAGAUGCUUGGAGCUUGUCAUGUUGUCGGCAUAGAUAUUGACACUGAUGCUCUGGAUGUUUGUCGUAGAAAUGUGCAGGACUUUGAACUUGACCUAGAUUUGAUUCAGAUGGAUGCAACAGAGAUGUGUCAGGAAAUUAGAGAGAACAGUUUUGACACAGUGAUCAUGAAUCCUCCGUUUGGGACAAAGAAGAAUCAGGGCAUUGACAUGAAAUUUAUACAGGCUGGCCUACACUUGGCCAGAACGGCAGUGUACUCUCUCCAUAAAACCUCAACACGAGCACACAUAGAGAAAAAGGCAAAAGACUACAAGGUGCAUAUGGAAGUGUUAGCAGAACUUAAGUUUAACCUUGACAAUACCUACAAGUGCCAUAAACAAAAAUCUGUGGAUAUUCAGGUUGACCUCAUUCGGUUCUCUGUCAUGGACUUCUCUGUAGGAGGCUGGGCAGUGGGAGAGGCUGCAGAUGACCUCAACUCCAGUCUCUUCAACCCCGUUCACCAACCCAGGGCAGCAAAGAAGCAACAAACACAUCUAAAAAAAACACCUGCUAAAAUUGAAUCUGAUGUUGGAAAAACAAAAGUUUCCAAAAAUGUGAGUUCUAGGCCAAUGUUGGAGGGCAAGAAGAAUGAAAACAAGCAGAAAUUAUCCAAAGGUAGAAAAGAAUCGGAGAAGGCCUACAGGAUUCCUCCUACAGAGGAGAGCGACCACAACGUUACACACUGUAGCCCUGUUAAUGGCAUCAAACGAAAGGCACAGCAAGGUGAAAAUCAAAGUCCAAGUAAAAAACAGAAAAACGUUCAACAGGUAUCACCAACGGACUAUCAGAACACUUAUAAAGGUGAGAAAAAGAAGAGGAAAAAGAAAAAUUCAAAUAAAAGGAAUAAGUACAAGCAUUUGUCGGUGAUGAAAAAUGAAAUAAUACAUGAUGAUGUUGAUUCUGGCAGUGUGACAGUACAGCCGCCUGGUGAUAGACCAACAGGUGAAACAAUCCUAGGGAAGGAACGAAGACAGUCAGGGGUAAAACAUACUAACACAUCAGAUACAGUAGAAAAUGUCUACAACAAAGUUGUGUUACCGGGUAGUCAAGGUAAAAAGACAAAGAAAAAAGACAAAAUCACAGAUCCUUUCCUAAAGAAACUAAAGCAAAACAAAUGUGAUAAAACUUUGAUAAAUGACAAAGAUCUGGUACAACCAGGUGUAAAAAGUAACAGAAAACAAGGAAAGGAACGAGUGAAUGAAAAAUUUCAAGUGAAAGUGUUGGAUAAAAUGUUGUCUGCUUCUCCUCCCUCUGUGUCUGUGUCAAAACAACCUGUACAGGCAGAAUCAAGCAAGUCAGGGCAGACAACUCUCUCACUCAAACAACGCAUGCUGGACAAACUCAAGUCAGCUAGAUUCCGCUUUCUCAAUGAGCAAUUGUACAGCCAGACGGGGAGUGAGUCAUAUGUAAUGUUUGAGCAAGAUAAAGAGGCCUUCCAGGUGUACCACCAGGGUUUCCAGUCACAGGUGGCCAAGUGGCCUGUCAACCCAGUCAGCGUUAUCAUUGGGCAGCUGCAGGCCAGGUCACAAAAUUUGGUGGUCGCAGACUUUGGAUGUGGUGAUGCAAUUAUAGCCCGCACCCUACCAAACAAAGUACACUCAUUUGACCUGGUGGCUACCAACAAACAUGUGACAGCCUGUGACAUGGCUAAGGUCCCGUUGAAGAAUGAGAGUGUUGAUGUGGCAGUGUUCUGUUUGUCACUGAUGGGAAAAAAUCUACCAGACUACCUGAGGGAGGCCAGCAGGGUUAUCAAACCAGGUGGCUCCUUGAAGGUGGCAGAAGUUACCAGUCGAAUCCGCAGUUUACCAAACUUUAAAAAAACCAUGGACAACUUUGGCUUCCGUCUCCUUAAUGAGGAUACCACAAACAGGAUGUUCUGCCUAUUUGAUUUCAAAAAGUGUAAGCUUCCAAAAAAACCUCCAGCAGAAUUUCACUUGGAGCCCUGCCUCUACAAAAGAAGAUAGCUGGCCAUGUGCAGGUUUUAUAUAAAAAAGACAAAUAAAGAAUACACUAAC